GUUGAUGUGUUCCUGCGAAAAAGUGGAUUUUAACAUUACUUCCCGCACCGUCGCUCGGCUUGUUUUCGAAGCCGAGCAAGAUAACAGAAACGGAGGAAAUUCAUCCAAUGGGAGGUAGCUACUUCCAGACACAAAUCUCUCUUUCUCUGAGCAAAUGCAAGCUUGAAGUCUGCCAAACAAGGGAGGAGAGCGAAAGAGUACUGCAGAAAGAGUGACACCGGACAGUGCGAGAGAUGCAGACGAGGAAGGGUUAAAGCUCAUAACCACAGAAAAGGAAUAAUAAAGCAUUUAGUUACUCUUUACCAACAUACAGAUUGGACAACUGGAAAUGGAUUGCCUAAUGAACACACAAGCCUGUGAAGUUAUUUGACAGACUUCCACCAGUUUCCUGUUGCAUUGUUUUUGUCUGUGAAGAAACCGCUUCAACUCUGUUGACUAAGAACAGUUACUUGCCUGAUAUGAAGACACGUCUUUAAGUUUACAGGAAAUAGUUAGUGUUACCUAAUGUGUCAGAGUUGAUUUCCCCGGAGGGAGUGUUUCUAAAAUAUAUCAAACGCAAGAAUGACGAGACCAUCUCGGCUCUUCGUGGGUCUAAACUUUAAAGAUGCAACAAGCCAGUGUUGGUGCCCUUGACUUGAUUGAAAGAGACAAUUAAGAUGACUAUGUCCUCUCCCGUGGGACUAGAAGGCAUCACUCUGGCUCAGCCCAUUCCCGUCCCAACGCUGACUAUCCUGCCGCCAUCCUCAGAUACAGAGUCCUGGUCUCGCUCACCUAGCCCGAGACCAUCACGUUCUAGCCGCUAUGGUCGAUCCCACCGCAGCAGGACCAGAACCAAGAAGCGAAAUGAGGAAGAGCAAGGCUGCACUCCUAAGCGACAAUGGGGUAAAACAGCGCAAAUUAUAAUGAAGGAGACUGCGGAGAAGGGCACCAUUCAACAUCGGAGUCCCUCGCCCUCCUCCUCUGUGGCCACUCAGAUGGAGGGGGAAGAGCAAGGUCAGGAUAUCCCUUCACAGGACCUUCUCCUGCCUCCGUCUCGCACCUGGUCUCGUAGUCCCUCUCCUAGCCGGCGCUCCCGUUGGUCCUUCAGGAGCCUGCUCAGUAGAGACUCUGAUUGGGAGGGCUGCAGUACGGCCAGUAACUCUCCACGCAGCACCCCCGGCAGCUCUCCCUCCCUGCGGCGCAGGGUCCUUGGGGGUAGCAGGGCCAGUGAGAGCGAGGGGGGAGGAGGAGAGAAGAGCUGUGGAGGAGGAGGAGGAGGUGGUGGAGGAGGAGGAGGAGGCGGUGGAGGAGGUGGCUCAGAUAGUCCCCUGCCCUCCAUAUCUUCUGCUUCCUCCCUCACAUCUGCCUACCCACUUGCUUCUCGCCACUUCAGCCGCAAUGCCAAGAAAAUGCAGAGCUGGUACAAUGUUCUCAGUCCUACAUAUAAACAGCGGAACGAGGAUUUCCGUAAACUCUUUAAGAAACUUCCUGACACGGAGCGACUUAUAGUGGACUACUCUUGCGCUCUGCAGAAGGACAUACUGCUUCAGGGCCGCCUUUACCUGUCAGAGAAUUGGCUUUGUUUCUACAGUAACAUCUUCCGCUGGGAAACCACUAUCACUAUCCUGCUGAAAGACGUGACCUCUAUGACAAAGGAGAAGACUGCCAAGCUCAUCCCAAACGCCAUCCAGAUCAGUACUGACAAUGAGAAGCACUUCUUCACAUCUUUCGGAGCAAGGGAUCGCAGCUUCAUGAUGAUUUUCCGUCUGUGGCAGAACGCACUGUUGGACAAGUCUCUAUCUCCCAAAGAGCUCUGGCACAUCGUACAUCAGUGUUACGGCACCGAGCUAGGCCUCACCAGUGAAGACGACGACUACGUCUCCCCCACCGCCAAUCACAUGAACGGCCUACUGCCAGGAGACGAGUCAGUGUCGGUUACAGAUCUACUAGACCUGAGCUCAGUGUCUGUUCCCUCUACGGGCAGCUCGCCCCCUCCCCUGGUGCUCUGCGGUCCAGCCAGCCCUCCCUCAGCUAACAACCUUGCGGGCUCCUCUCCCCCUUCCUCCGCCUCCUGUCUGCCCAUAGAGGUGCCUUCGUCAUCUGGACGCAGACUCAGCUCUGACCCCCUCGAUCACAGCCCGCCCAGCUCCCACAGCUCGCUGCCAUCCACCACUCCCACCUACGCCUCUGCCUCUGCCCCGGCCUCUGCUACCGCCUCCUUUAGUCUGGAAGAGGGCGGGGACAGCCUGUCCGAGUCAGCCAAUCAUAUGCUGCCCCCGACAACCACCAGUCUGGGAAACCUCUCCUCAUUGGACAUCACCAUCGAUGAGGAACUGCCCACCGACCCCAGCAACUCAUCUGACACGCAAGAAGAGAGUGAGGUGGAGUCCUUCUGCGCUGAUCUGAACGGGCGGCUGCACAUCAACACUGCGGUCCGCAUGAGUGUGGACAAGUUGCACGACCUGAUCUUCUCUGCUGACAUACACUUCAUCCAGCACCUCUUUUCCCAGCGACACUUUACUGACCUCUCGGUGAGUGAAUGGCAGCAGGACAGCAACAGUGGGAAUACCAGCCGUGUGCUUAGCUACACCAUCGCCCUCAACAACCCUCUCGGCCCCAAGACUGCCCCCGUGGUGGAGACGCAGACGUUGCAUAAAAGCAGCGCCCGGGGCGAGUGCUUCGUGGUGGACUCGGAGGUCAUCACCUCAGGCAUCCCCUACCAGGACUACUUCUACACUGUCCACAGAUACUGCCUCACCUCCAUCAACAAACACAAGAGUCGGCUCAGAGUUUCCUCAGACAUCUGCUACAGGAAGCAGCCGUGGAGCCUGGUGAAAGCAUUGAUAGAAAAGAACACCUGGAGUGGCAUUGAAGAGUACUACAGGCACAUGGAGAGCGAGGUGAGCAAGCUAGAGACGCUACUGCAGACUGAGGUUUCCGUAGUGACCACGGGCGACGCACUGGGCGCAGACGCUGCCAAGACUCCGCCGGCCCUGCGCCGCCGCAAACGCACAUGCUCUCGACGGCAGGGCGACAAGGAGAGAGAGAGGGAGGGAGGAGGCAUGGGCAGCGGAGACCGAGGGGUCAGAGGAGUGGGAGAGGACAGAGACCGGAGAGAAGCCAGUGCUCAGUAUUUGAAGCUGGGAGAGCGUUCACGUGGUGGAGGACCCAACAGUAUAUCCACCAUCCUCCUCAUCGUCAGCUUCAUGAUCUGUAUCAGUCUGGUGGUGCUGGUGGCUCUCAACAUGCUGCUCUUCUACAAGCUGUACGCUCUGGAAAGAGCAGCCCAUACACUGGAGACAUGGCACUCCUAUUCUGUUGCUGACAGUCCAGUUGCCUCAGACGGCAGGAGAGUGGGCUGAGGUCUUGCAGCUUCAGAGGCAGUUUCACCAGGCUCAGCUCAGCAAGUGGCAGCAGAUCCUGCAGUCCUCUGUCACGCUUCUUGACCAGAUGAAGCAGUCUUUAGAAAAGCUCCACCGGGGCAUCGUGGUCCCAGAGGUGCAGCAGGAUCCCCCUGAUGAUACCCCAACAGAGUCCCUGACUGAGGCCUGAGCCCCCCCCCUGACUGUCUCCCAUCUCUGAACACACCCUGGCGGACUAGUAGAGUAGAAAAGAGCGGGACUGGUCAACUUGGAUCAGCGCACAGUUUGCUCUUUCCGUCACUUCCAAAUCAAAUAACCAGGAGUGGGACACGCAGGGGGGGAGACUACAUUACCCACAACUCUCCUCGCCUGACUGACUUAAAAUGGCGACGUUCGCCUUCAGCCUCAACCAGUAUCAACUUCAGUGAACUCGUUCGGACUGGAAGCCGUCAGGACCACAGCAAUAAUUCACCUGCAGCUGCCAGUCACCUGUAUGUAGUGAAUGGAAACAGGCCACUGGUGGGCCGACUCAGACCAUCCACUCCUCAAGACUCUUAGAGACAUUUCAAAUGGCCAACCACGUUUCAGAAUAACUUUAAAUUCCCCCCCCCCCUCUCUCAUUUUAUGACUAUCACAGAGUUCCUCUUCUGACAUGCAACAUUUCACAGGGAUCAGGGAUUCUAGAAAGUGGGAGCUCCGCCUCCUAGUUCUGGGAACAGUGACAUACCUUUGCCUCUCCAGUGAACGCCUGCUGAAAACAAAAAGAGGGACACACCACCUGCUGUGUGGACAGAAAGAGCACGGGAGCUCACGACAUGGAGAUUUGUUCCUCCGUGUCCGAGUUGAGCCCCCAUCAAAGGCCGUCAGAGGAACCUUUCAUCAGCAGACACUUUAGUUUUCACCUUUUUAGAUGUAAAUAACACAUCUGAAGAUUAAUCUCAAACACCAUCCCACUCCUCCCAGUCUUUUCGGGGUUUUAACUUUUUUUCAGAAUCAGUGCGUUGGGUCGUUCGUUAGGACAGCAAGUUGCGUCUCACUGGACUGUUACAGUAUUUAUUAUUACCGAUGACUUUUGUUCUGAAGUCCUGUCCUGCUCUUAAGAAGUCAUUUGGGUAUUUUGUGCUCUGAUAUGCUGUUGCAGUGCGGACCAAGAGGAGCUACACGAGAAUGAUUACUGGUCACAGCAAUAAUGACAAUAGUGAUGCUAGUACUUUUUGAAUGUUUCAAACAAAGUAGUAUAUAAUAAUAAUAAUAAUGAUGCAUUGUGUGUGAAUGUGUGUAGAGGCAGUGAAAAACAACAAGCAAAGAAGAGUUUGACUUGACAGAUGUGUGCGUGUGUGUUCAUGAGGAGUCCUCAGUGUUUCAGAUGUUACAGUUUCAUAUUAGCGUUCUUUUAGUUUGUUUUUGUUGAGAUUUCUCCUUCAUGUUUUGGUUGCUCACUCUUUGUAUCACAGAGCCGGAGCUUAAACUUAGACUUGAUCAAAUACCAGAGCAGGUCGGCUACUUCGUUGUCCCACGGGGCCGGACGUUUCUAAACAAAAGGACCAACCAGAAAGAAGAAAAAAAGGGAAUCUGUUUUGCAGUAUUGUUUUUUUGUGUGUUUGUAAAUUUAAUUUGACUCAUUUGUCUUCUCUUUUUAUUCAGUUACAUUUUCUAUCUUUAUUAUUUUUGUCGU